UUACUGAAAAUCCUGCUCCUCCACUGAUUAAGAGAGAUUAAAAGAAACACAAAUGUAUAUACAGCCAAUACACCCUGGCAAUAUGCAAAUAUCGUGGGCCUGCAAGCUAAGAUAGAGAUUCAUUUUUAUGUAUUUUAAUUUGACCUUUAAUAAAUUUCUUACUAGUAAUACUCUUAAUUAAAUAUUAAUGGUGACAAGUUCCCCCGGAAUCUAGCUUUUUUUGCCUCCUCUAUUUCAGAGUCCAUAACUGAAGAUGAAAAUAAGGGGCCAACAAAAAAUAUAUAUAUAUACACUAAAGUUGGGUGAGCAAAAAGGUAUAUCAAAGUGGGGCUUUAUUGGGUCGCUUUUUUUUCCUUCAUUUAUUUUUUCACUGAAAUCCAGGGAACAUAAUUCUUGAUUUAUAGUAGUAGUAUCUUUUUGCUCAGUUAUGCUGGCAGUGCUUUUUAUAACUAAUUUUUCAGAAGUGUAAAGUUCAUGCCUUUGGCAUUUUCUGUCUAAUAAACAGAGAUGGUACUGCCAAUUCUGCUCUUGUUAAGCGAGUUGUUUUUUGUCCUAUAAGCUUUUAAUGUUUGCUCAGAAUUGUGGGGUUCUUGUUUUUUUUUUUGGCCAGCUGAACAAGUUUUUUUGAGCUUCCUUCUUUGUAAGUUUACUGUUUUUCUUGAAUCUUGAUGUUGUAUUAAAGUUUCUGCAUUUGGUAACUGUUUUAGUGGUAGCUUUUUAAGAAUGUCAUUUCAGAUUCUUGAUAUACAAAGAUGAUAAGAUUGUUGUUUUUCCUUUUUCUUUCUUUCCUUUCCAGUAGUAUUAUUUAGCUGGACCACAAAGCUCUUGUCUUUUUCACUUUAUCAUGUCUUAUGUUCUUCCAUGUUCCACCUCUUGAACUAAAAUGAAAUUUGGGAUCUUUUUUUUUUUCUUUUGAGCCGGGGUCUAUUGGAAACAGUCACUCUGCCUCAUCUCUGAGUUAGAGGUACGGACUACUACGUAGUGUACAUUCUACCCUUUCCAGACCUCACUUUGUCGGGUAAGUUGUUGUUGUUGUUGUUGGGGUUUUUUUUUUCCCUUGUGUUCUCUAACUUUGGGGGUCCUCUUCCAUGUUCUGUUAUCUUUAUUUUUUUUUUUUCAAUUUCCCCUUUUCCCUUAAAUUUGUAGUGAGAAGCAAUUUUUGGAAUGAUAUGUAAGGAGUGGCUUAUGUUACGGCAAAUGCCCUGAUGAAUUUCUUGUUUCUGACCCUUUUUUCUCAAGGUAUAGAGAAGAUAAAUUGAGUGAUGGAUGAAAAGGGUGUCUCAAGUUCCAAUUGGAUUACAUCAGAAGGGAGAAAAGAGAGCUUAUGUCCAAUUUUCUUUGGCGUUUCUUGUGCAUUUGUUGCACUUGGGCUCUUACCGGAGCCCGAAAAAUGUGAUGAGAACUUGUUAGAAUUGAGAAAUAAGAUGCUUCAUGGUAGUGCUCAGCUCUUGGGGUUGCUUGUCUGGAGAGUUCAGAAAGAUGAAGCUGACAAUGGAAAGUCUGAAUUGUUAAUUAAGUUAGCGAAUGCAGAGAGGAAAAUCGAAAUACUGAAGAACUUGAGAAGGGAAGAUGCUAAAGCAAAUGAGAAGGUUGUUGGUAUAUAUGCAGCACAAGAGCAGUGUUGGUUCAAUGAGAGGAAGAAACUUAGGCAGCAAAUUGGUGGUCUUAUGAAUGAAUCGAGAGUUGUUGAGAAGCACAAGGACAGCCUUAUUGCUGAAUUGAACAGCAAGUUGGAGGAGAGUAAAGUAGUUGUGCAGUCGAAAGAUAAGAUCAUUGAGGACGAAGGGAAAAUGCGUCAAGAUCUUGAAGAAAAGCUGAAAAAGGCUGAAGCAAUAGCAGAAGAAUUGAGGAACACCGCGAAGUUUGAUGCUCAGAGGCACUCUAAUGAGAUCUCCAAACACAAGACUGCAUUCAUCGAAUUGGUGUCGAAUCAGCGGCAGCUUGAAGCUGAGAUGGGCCGUGCCCUCAGACAAGCUGAAGCAGCAAAGCAAGAGCUUAAUUUGGUACUGGAGCAAAAGGAGCAAUCUAUAUUGAUGACCCAAAAAAUAUCGAUGGAGCUAGUUAAAAUGCGCAAAGAUUUGGAACAAAAAGAGCAGAUUUUGUCAGCCAUGCUGAGGAAAUCCAAAUUGGAUACAGCAGAGAAGCAAAUGCUUUUAAAGGAGAUCAAAUUAUCAAAAGCAAAGAGAAAGCAAGCUGAGCUAGAGACUGAGAGAUGGAAGACAGCUUCGGAGUCUAGGUAUGAGAGAAAUUCAUUGAAAAGUAUGCUGUACAAACGUAUGAACCCGAAGUUGGAGGUUGUUGCCAGUGGGAAAGGGAUGCUUUCAAGUGUAAUGAUGCUACCAACCGGAAAGAACAUAUCACAAAAGACUGAUUAUCUUCUCGACGAGCAGCCUGAGGGCACAAAAGAGCCAGAACUAUUUCCUCAUGUUACUGAUAGAUUCUUGACUGAGGAUGCUGAAGAAGAAAUACUCACAGAUGAUGUCGAGCACUUGGAGAACUGGGUCCGAUCAGAGGCUGAAAAAUACAGUGUUGCAGUUGAGCAGAGGCAUCAUCUGGAGCUGGAUGCUUUUGCAGAACAACUGAGACUCAAAGAUGAGAGGUUAGAAGCUUUUCGUUGGCGCCUACUCAGUAUGGAACUUGAGUCGAAGAGGUUGCAGUCACAUAUUGAAGUGCUGGACCAUGAUCUAGCUCAGCUCCGGCAAGAUAAUAUGAAGUUGGAUGCAUUGCUAUUGAAUCGGGAAGUAGAAGUACAAUCCCUCAAGCACCAACUCGCAGAAUAUUUUCACCUUCCUGAUUCCCAGAAGUCUAAUGCAAAUACUCGUCCAAAAGACCAGGACAAAGCCAAUCAUACAGUUUGGUCCAACAUGACACUUAUAAAGACGAAACUAGGAGAGAAAGAGCAAGAAACAAAGAACCCUCCUGAGGAAACCUCUCAAAAGGUAAAAAAUGGAAGGAAGGCUGAGACAAGAACAAAUAACCAACAAAAAGACAUAAUUUUGACUUUACAGUCUUCUACAAAGGAGAUUGGUGAGGGGAAAGAUGGAGCCUCGCAUCCGAAUACUUCUAGGGCAGAACACUUCAGCACAGAGGAUGUUCGGACUGCUGAAACAUCAACUUCAGAAUGUGAUAAUGAAAUCAAGAAAAAGAAAUCUCUAUGGAAGAUGGAUCUUCACGCCCUUGGAGUUUCAUACAAAAUCAAGAGGUUGAAUCAGCAAUUCGUCAUGCUCGAGAGGUUGACAGGAAGACAAGAACUUUCUGGAAAUGGUGAAAACAGUGAUAAUGGACGAUCUGGUACCCGAGCAUUUCAUGCAUUGAUGUCUUUAUUGAAUAAACAAGUUGCUCAUUACGAGUCUCUUCAGGGGAAAAUUGAUGAUCUAUGCAAGCGGAUGCAUGACAAUGACCUUAAUGUAAAUUGUGAAGGUUCAGUUAUACAAAAAACAAAGGAAGAAACUAAGAUGCUAGAGCACUUUCUUGAAGAAACAUUUCAAUUGCAAAGAUACAUAGUUGCAACAGGACAGAAACUGAUGGAAGUCCAAACAAAGAUUUCUUCUGGAUUUGUCGGAGCUGCAGAAGAACUUGAUACACCUGCAAGCUUUGAUGUCAAACGGUUUGCUGAUGGCAUUAGAACUCUUUUUAGGGAAGUUCAGAGAGGCCUUGAAGUUCGCAUAUCUCGAAUUAUUGGUGAUCUUGAGGGAACUUUGGCAUGUGAUGGAAUCACAUAUUUCAAGAGAUAGUGCUCACCGAGGCAGAAUCAUGUUGCCUUUAAGUUAACUUCCACAGCUUCUCAGCUUCUGAGGUAACAUGAGACGGUAAAUUUACAUGGUGCAGCCAAAUAUAUAAUGCAGCUUAUUCAAAGAAUGUGUUUUGUUUUAGUCCCAGAUACACAUGUAAAUAUCCUGCAACUAUAAGUUCCAAUAAUUCACGUAUAUAGAAAUUAGCUGCAUCAUUUAUAGCAGUAUUAAUGUAUCACCUAUUCAGCCAUUGUUACUUUUGCUUUACAUAAUUUUCUAAAUAAACGACUACUGGCUAGAGGGGUA